AUGGCGAGUCGACUCGUUCUUGUGUUCACACUUGGUGCUCUCCUCUUGUUCUCCCGCUCAGCACUCUGCAAGGACUCAAAUCCAAUCGACGACGACGACGACGAUCUCAGCUUCCUCGAGGAGCCAAGCGACCAAAACGACGCCGAACCGCACUAUCGAGAUCCGGACCAUGACGACGAAGACAAUUACGAUGAUCUCGAGAAUUUCUCCGAUUUCGACGAGGGCGGCGAUCAUGAGGACGCGUAUAAGGAGCCGGAGGUGGACGAGAAGGACGUCGUCGUUUUGAAGGGGACGAACUUCAGCGACACGGUGGAGAAGAACAGGUUCGUCAUGGUUGAGUUCUACGCGCCGUGGUGCGGACACUGCCAGGCCUUGGCUCCGGAGUACGCGGCUGCAGCCACCGAGCUCAAGGGCGAAAAUGUAAUUUUGGCCAAAGUCGAUUCCACUGAGGAAAACGAGCUAUCUCAGGAUUAUGGCGUCGAGGGUUUCCCUACUGUGUUCUUCUUCAUUGAUGGUGUUCACAAGCCUUACACAGGUCAAAGGACCAAAGAGGGCAUAGUUACAUGGAUCAAGAAGAAGAUAGGACCUGGUAUUCAAAAUGUGACCACAUUGGACGAGGCAGAACGCAUAUUGACUUCUGAAAGUAAAGUCGUUUUGGGCUACCUUAAUUCUUUGGUGGGUCCCGAGAGUGACGAGCUUGCUGCUGCUUCAAGACUUGAAGAUGAUGUGAACUUUUACCAAACAGUGGAUCCUAAGGUGGCAAAACUUUUCCAUCUUGACCCUGAAGUUAAACGACCUGCUUUGAUCCUGCUUAAGAAGGAGGCUGAGAAGCUAAGUUAUUUCGAUGGUAAAUUUGAGAAGUCUGCAAUUGCGGAGUUUGUCUUUGCGAACAAGCUUCCUUUAGUCAUCACUUUUACUAGGGAAAAUGCCCCUCAAAUUUUUGAAAGUGAAAUCAAGAAGCAGCUUUUGCUCUUUGCCACUUCAAAAGAUUCAGAGAAGGUUCUCCCAGAUUUUCAAGCGGCAGCAAAACUUUUCAAAGGAAAGCUUAUCUUUGUAUAUGUGCAAACGGAUAAUGAAGAUAUUGGAAAGCCAGUUUCAGAUUAUUUUGGUAUCACUAGUGAUGCUCCAACGGUUCUUGGGUACACCGGAAAUGAUGAUGGUAGGAAAUUUGUUCAUGAGGGAGAAGUAACCUUGGCUAACUUAAAGGCUUUUGGGCAAGAUUUUAUAGAGGACAAGCUUAAACCUUUCUUUAAGUCAGACCCAAUUCCAGAAACUAAUGAUGGGGACGUGAAAAUAGUGGUUGGGAAUAACUUUGAUGAAAUUGUCUUGGAUGAGUCAAAGGAUGUUCUUCUCGAGAUUUAUGCACCAUGGUGCGGGCAUUGUCAAUCUUUGGAGCCAACCUACAACAAGCUUGCCAAACAUCUACGAGGCAUUGAUUCUAUUGUUAUAGCCAAGAUGGAUGGAACCACAAAUGAGCAUCCCAGGGCAAAGGCUGAUGGGUUCCCCACACUUCUAUUCUUCCCAGCUGGAAAUAAGAGCUUUGAUCCAAUUUCCGUAGAUGCUGAUCGUACGGUGGUGGCAUUCUACAAAUUCCUCAAGAAAAACGCAUCAAUUCCUUUCAAGCUCCAAAAGCCAACUUCAACACCAAAAUCCGAGGCGGUAUCUGAUGCUAAAGAGAGCCAAGAGAGCAGCAGCAGCACAAAUGAUUUGAGGGAUGAAUUAUGA